ACAGGGGACGCACUAGAUAUGCCCACGCGCCAAGCAGUUGGACGUUAAUUUCACUUGUUACGUUGAUUUUACGUUGGUUUUAAUUUUCACCUGGAGCAAACCGGACAAAAUGGAGCGGAAACUGCACAGCGGAAUGCACCAUGCCACCCUGCGGCAGCUGCAGGAGUCGGGCUGCGAGAUAGCGCCGCACAAUCUCAUGUAUCCGGUGUUCAUCGUGAGCAACGACGAUCAUGUGCAACCGAUUGCCAGCAUGCCGGGAAUCUCGAGAUUCGGACUGAAUCGCCUGAGGGAGCACCUGGAGCCGCUGGUGGCCAAGGGACUGUCGUCGGUGCUGCUCUUUGGCGUCGUGGAGCCGGAGCUGAAGGAUGAGCAGGCCUCCAAUGCGGAUUCCGCAAAGAAUCCAGUGGUUCUAGCUCUGCCGAAGCUCCGGGAAUGGUUUCCGGAUCUGCUAAUAGCCUGUGAUGUGUGCAUCUGUCCGUACUCCUCGCACGGUCAUUGUGGUCUCUUGGGCGAAACGGGGCUGGAGAACGCACCCAGCAUAAAGCGGAUAGCUGAGAUUGCCGUGGCUUAUGCGAAAGCAGGAGCCCACAUUGUGGCUCCUUCGGACAUGAUGGACAACCGGGUGAAGGCGAUCAAGCAGGCCCUCAUUGAUGCCCAGAUAAACAGUGUGUCCCUGCUGGCGUACUCCGCCAAGUUCACCUCCAAUUUCUACGGACCAUUCAGGGAGGCGGCGCAAUCCGCACCGAAAUUCGGCGACCGCAGGUGCUAUCAGCUGCCCAGUGGCUCGAGGAACUUGGCCAUGAGAGCCAUUCAACGCGAUGUCGCCGAGGGAGCAGACAUGCUGAUGGUGAAACCUGGAAUGCCCUAUCUGGACAUUCUUCGAUCCACGAAGGAUUGCUACCCGUAUCACACGCUCUACGUUUACCAGGUUUCCGGGGAGUACGCUAUGUUGUAUCAUGCUGCCAAGGCGGAAGCCUUUGACCUCAAGGAUGCGGUGAUGGAGGUCAUGAAGGGCUUCCGGCGCGCUGGUGCGGAUUGCAUCAUCACCUACUACACACCCUUUCUGCUGGACAUUAUCGCGGAGGCCAAAUAAUGGUGUACCUCCAAUGUUCGAUGUGCGAUGUCUUAAUACCAUGUUCAUGUACAUACGUAGAUUAGAGUGGACCUAUCGACUAUCAUUUUAUACACUUUUGUAACAGAUAUAAUAGUGCAAUCUUUGUAGCGUUUUUUAAAUAUUUAUACGGAGCUCUCCAUAGACACGAUUUUACUAAUAUUUUUUUGAUAAUAAAUAGGAAUUAUUAUUCACUUGUAUUAAGGGACCAGCAUAUUAAGUUUACCGAUUAAGUGGCUUAAAUAAAACGCAAAGCUUUUAGUUACUUCAAUAUAGACAAUAUUUUGAUACACAGGGCUUUAUAUUCAAUAAAAGAAGUCCACUCUAAUCUUGUAUCACCAUUACUCGUUCUUUUGGAGUGCCUCACUCAAAUACACACACACAAACUAGAAUGUAUAUUUUGAUGGUCUUAUCAGUCGUCCGUAUUUGAAAGUCUAAUGGCCCAGGGUACAUUUCGAAUUUCAAUUGCAUGGCGAAAUUCAAGCGGACGAACCGGUCGAUCCAGUGCAGUAAACCAAAAGAUGUUCGUUUUGUGAUGGCACUUAACACUUUAAUGUGAAACUCUUUCGAUUGCAUUUACAAAUGGGCUGCGGUGAGCAUUGAACACUGGCUGGAGCUUACUUGCUAAAUUGGUACCAGUUUAAGUCUUACGAAAAGAUUAAAAUCACAAAAUCAAAUGCAUUAAGUACGUAAACAAUUGGAUAGGCUCUGGUUUUUGGUAAAAAUUAAGUCAAAGGGAUUUGGUACUAUUAGUUAUUAAAACAUGAUCUGAUAAAUAACAUUUCCUAGGCAUUUCACAACUUUCUCGUUACGGGAAAUUAGGGAGAUGUUUGGACUUCUUAUACAAUAUAUAUAUAGUAUAAUAAACUUCAGCGUUUUCGAUUCAA